UGAGGCGUGUGGACACGGUGUGGACGCGGUGUGAGGACAGUCAGCUGGUGGAGAAGUGCUGGAGGAGUGCGCGUGUUUGGCUGCGUGCGCUGUGAGAGUGUGUGCACGUGCGCUUUGGACGCAAACGGAGAGGACGAGGUGAGGACAGCGCAAGAACGGCCCGGGGACGAGAGAUCAGAGCAGUCAGAGGCGCCACAGCGGGACUGGACCGUGUCUGGUGCGUGUUCCAGCUCCGUGUUCCAGAUCCUCAGUCGUGCAGGACUCUCACCUGUCGUCAUCCACAAUCGUUGCAAUAUUAACAUUGCACCAUGGCCUUAGCUGGAUGCCCUGAUUACUUCCUACAUCACUCCAACUACCAGGAAAACAUGGAUCGCACUUCUUCUCACAGGCCUGAGGAGCUGAUUGUUCCAGGCUUUCAGCGCUCAGCCAAUCAAAAUAUGCCACAUCACCAUGGAAUGCCAGGAAUUCUGUGUGUGGUGUUGGGCUUGAGAAACGAGGAGUUUUGGAAACGCACAAAUUUAGUUGAUGGCUUCACUUACUUUCACUGGACCUUCAGUAAUGAUGAUGUUGACCUGGAGAAGUUGGUGAAUGAGAUGAACUCUUCCAUGGAGAGCGUGUACUCGACGCAGGCAGACACUGCACUGCUUCUUAACAACGGGCAUCAUGUGCUGCCUUCAUACCAGGCCCACGGACCGCCACGGAGACGCCACACGCCUCCACUGUCCUCUCAGCCCAUGCACAUCCAAGCCGUCAGGUGCAUUCAGGAAGAGCAGCAUUUGCGUCCAGCCUCCCUUCCAGCGAUCCCCAAUCCCUUCCCAGAGCUUUGUAGUCCCGCGAGCUCGCCCGGACUCAGCCCCAUCCAGAUGCCAGACAACCAUAUCGUGAAGGUGUGGAGCGAGGAUGGAGCCGGUAAAGUGGUGGAGAUUCCCGCGGACAUGACGGCCCGGGAUGUUUGCCAGCUGCUGGUGUACAAGAGCCACUGUGUAGACGACAACGCGUGGACACUCGUGGAGCACCAUCCCAUCCUCGGACUGGAGAGGUGUCUGGAGGACCAUGAGCUCGUGGUCCAUGUUCAAUCCUCCAUGAGCAGCGACAGUAAAUUCCUCUUCAGGAAGAACUAUGCCAAAUAUGAAUUCUUCAGGAACCCCCUGAACUUCUUUCCCGAGCAGAUGGUGGCUUGGUGUCAGGAGUCCGAUGGCUCAAUCCCUCAGUCUCAGCUCCUCCAGAAUUUCCUAAACUCUAGCAGCUGUCCGGAAAUCCAAGGCUAUUUAUAUGUGAAGGAGCCGGGCCGUAAGUCCUGGAAGAAGCUCUACAUGUUUCUGCGGCGUUCCGGGCUUUACUACUCCACUAAAGGAACGUCCAAGGAACCAAGACAUCUGCAGCUUCUGUCCGAUUUGGAUGAGAGCAACAUCUUCUCCACCAUCACGGGCCGAAAACUCCACAAUGCCCCCACAGAGUACCAGUUCUGCAUCAAGCCCAGUAAAGUGAGAAGCGACUGUAAAGAACUGAAGAUGCUGUGCGCCGAAGACGAGCAGAGCCGGACUUGCUGGAUGACUGCUUUUAGACUACUCAAGUAUGGCAUCGUCCUCUACCAGAACUACAGCCUGCCACAACAGAGGAAGCCAGCCCCUUCCCACUUCUCCGCGCCCGUGCGCAGCGUGUCCGAGAACUCCCUGGUCGCCAUGGACUUUUCUGGACGCACAGGCCGCGUCAUCGAGAACCCCGUGGAGGCCCAGAGCGCCGCCCUGGAGGAAGGACAGACCUGGAGGAAAAGAGGUCAGCGUAUGAAUGUUUUGGGGAGCUCGAGCCCACUGCACCCGUCCUCUCUGAGCACAGUCAUUCACAGAACACAGGUUUGGUUUCACGGCCGCAUCAUGAGAGAAGACGCUCAUAAAAUGAUCAUGCAGCAGGGCCAAGUCGACGGCCUGUUCCUGCUUCGGGACAGCCAGAGUAACCCCAAGGCUUUUGUGCUCACCUUGUGCCACCACCAGAAAAUAAAGCACUUCCAAAUCCUGCCGUGUGAAGAGGACGGUCAGAUUUUCUUCAGCCUGGACGACGGCUCCACUAAGUUCACAGACCUGAUUCACCUGGUGGAGUUCUACCAGCUCAACAGAGGGGUGCUGCCGUGCAAACUCAAACACCCCUGCACCGCUGUGGCCUUGUGACACCCCCUCCGCUCACACACGUCUGUUUUGCACACCUCUCCUCCCUCGGCUCCUCCCCCCCUCCGUUACGCCCCUUUCUCACCGAUGCAACAUGGCCGACAACACAGAAGAAAGUAUAGUCACGUGACACUGCGGCGGGUUUGUGGAUGUGCGGCAGGAGGAUUACGGAUCGUCGUGGACUUUGGAAUUUUGCUCCCCAGCUUCUGUGUUGUCCCGACCGAGACUUGAGCAAGCAUUGUGAAAAAAAAAACAACAAAAACAAAACGGAGCAAAGAUUUCCCGUCGUAAGCUCCGCGAUGAAGCUCCACCCACCUUUGUCACCCCCUCCUACAUCCGCCAGGCCUGAUAAGCUGUGGCGCUGUCCUGACCCCUGACCUCUGGAAGCGAUUGGUCAGCGGGCAGACGGCGCCAGCCCCUUCUUGACUUCCUCAUUGAUCAUCAGGGAUGGAACGAGAACCUCUUUGGGUCUUUACAUCAAAACUGGGAUCCAGGAGUUUUCUGAACCUGUGCAGUCCAGUCUGGAUAAGCUGAAUAACUCCCCUUUGACCUUUGAAAUCAACUCCAAAAUAACACGCGAUUGUGAUUGUCCUCGCUGUGUCCAGGUCCAGCACAGCGCCCCCUAGCCCUCAAUCUGAACCGAGGAAACGCGGGAAAAGCUAAUCGAAAGUAGCUGAAAAUAGCAGAGGAGCGGCGGCGAAGGCGAGGCAGACGAGAACGAGAGGAUUCACGAUCACGAGUUCGAUCGAUUACUUGAUGUCAAACGAAUGCUGUUUUUUAAAAUUACUGUUGAUUCAAUGCAGAACUAGUUUUGCACUCCCAAGGCGGACACAGCAGCUGUUCUCUCAAAAUGCCUGCUCUUCGGUUUAUCAUCUUCUUCCUCUUCACUCCAUCCAUCCAUCCAUCCACCCACCACCUUCCCUCCCUCCCUCCCUCCGUCCCCCCUCCCCCCCAUCCCUUCUGGAAAGCAUGUGAAUUUCCACCAGCUCUGAUUGGAUUACAGUGGCGUGGGAGCAGCAGAGAAGACCGAGAGAGAGAGAGAGAAAGAGAAAGAAAGAGAGAUUGAGAGAAAGAACGAGAGAGAGCGAAGCUAAUGGUGCAGUGCCUUUCAGAAAAGAAGCUACAAGGAAGUGGACGUCGACUGCAGACUUGAAAAAACAAAAAACAAAACGUAUUCCCCGCAAAUGUUCCCCCCCUCGAAAUCUCGUACCACUUUUGUCAUUCGUUACAUCGACUCGGGCUCUCGCAGUGAAAAAUGAUUCGAGAAUGUUUUUUAUUUUUAGUCUGUUUUGAGCUAGCACAUGUACGAGCGAAGCUAACUGACCACUGAUCCCUCCAGCGACGAGACAAGACGAACCGUCACGAGCUUUUUACGGUGUUUUUUUUGUUGUUUUUUUGGGGAGGGGGGGGAUCCGACCUGAACUCAAAAUGUCCGCCUUUGUCAUAUGUGAAAACCUUUUAGUAAGAAUCGAAGCUAUAGUAAAAUAUACGUAUAAUGAUCUUUUAUAUAAAUGAGUUGUAUCCGAGAACGUGACGCUGUUAUGUUGCAAUAUUUGAGAACUUGAAGCGAUCGGAAGUUCAACGUUUUGAUAAUCAGUGAAUUAUGUUUCGAGUUUGAAAACAUGCCAAAAAACACGAGCCGUUUCCUGACUUUAUAUUUUAGUAUAGCUUUAGUGCGCAUUGUGUAGGAUUUAGUACGAGGUCAGAGGUCGAAGGUUAGAGGUUGUAGACGUCUCUGUGCGGAUCUCGCCCGUAGAACCACAGUCAAAUGAAGCUAAUCGAGGCUAGCGGCUAGAGCGGCGAAUUUGGAGCCGAGUUUCAUAUUUGGAAUUCAGGCCGCGAGUAUCAUAGCAACCAAAGAGCCAAUCAGGAGCGAGGCUGUUGAAGGAAACGCUCCACUGGUUUAGCACGGAGCGGGGCACGUAGCAACGCUGUCAAUCAAACCUGUUGCUAACGCUAGACCUCAGGAAAGAAAGAAAGGCGUCUGAUUUGUCUGUUUUUAAUGUUCGUGUCUUGAUUUACAGACAAAAUAGCGAAAUAAAAACAACACGAUCAUGUAGAGCGGGUUAAUACGAUAUGAAUAUGUUCGGCUCCAUCGUGGCUAGCAGUUAUAGUGGAAAAUUUGGAGACGAGUUCCAUAUUUGGACUCCCGACCGCGAGUAUCAUAGCAACCUGUGGCUAACGCUAGUCUGAUUUGUCUGUUAUUAAUGUUCAUAUCUUGAUUUACGGACAAAAUGAAUAAUAAAUAAAAAACCCAGGAUCAUGUAGAGCCUAUGAUCACGUCCUAUUUGAACCGCGGCGGCUAGCAGGUUAGCUAUCUCCAUUUAUAUGAACAGUCUUGGGCAGAUGAUGCGUCGUGUUGACGUUUUCGUUGCAGGUCUAAAUCCUACACAAUGAAAAUGGACCGUUAUCAAAACCAAACUGGAGUGAUUUAAAAGCUUGGAUGUACACAAUGUAACAGCAGCAAAAACUUUAUUUUUUACAAUAUUCGUGUUUAUCUUAAAGCCAUUAUGUGUAGCACUUUGAAAGUUUUAAACUAAGGGGCGCCCCCUAGUGGAGAAGGCGCUUACUGUAAGUAGUGCCGCUGAAAAUGAGCCAAAAGAUUUUUUUUUUUUUUCCAUUAGGUAAAACACAAAUUUACCGUUUAUUCACUAAACACAACAGCAGCAUCUCUUGGUAUCACAGUCCUACGGCAAAAGACAGAAUUUUAGAGAAGAAAAAACAUUCAAAUACGGGCAGUUUCUCAUUAUGUAAGAAAAUUUAAGGUUUCAAAAGGUGUUUAUUAAAGAGGCUUUUGUCAGUUUUUUGGUUGAGAGACAAGAACUUUCUGAAACCUUUUUGUAUUUUAAAGAUCUUAUAUUACACAAAACUGACUCUUAUGAGCUUUAAGUCAUGUUCAAACGCUGUUUCCUCCUCAAAAACAGACCUGGAGUUGUGUUUUAUUUAAUUUACACAUGUUUAUUAUUAGUCUGUCUACAUCUUCAAAGCUCAAAAUGCUCCGUUCCACCUUGUGAUGUCCUAUUACCAUUAGUUCAGUUGUAAAAAUGGCAAUUCCGGGGCUGAAAUGAUCCAAAUGAUUCAAGAAAUGAAGGUGUGUGGAGUUUAAAAACACAGUGGAGCACUUCCUGUAUCAACUGAUGACAUCACAAGUUGGAACAGAGUGUUUUCAGUUUGAGAAUCUGCAGGGUUUGUGUGUUAAACGUGUGUGAAUGAAACAAAACACAACUCCAGGUCCGUUUUUGACGAGAAAACGACAUUCUGAGCUGUUUAAAAGCCUCAUGGAAAGAUUAGAAAUAUCGUCUGUCCUGUUCUAAUCUCUUGACGUAGGACUGUCCACUGACCCGUCACUGCCCGGCCGUGACGACCACGAACACAAACAGGAAAACCGGACGCUGGAGUGACUUUACAAACCGCUUUGGUCACACUGGCGCUGGCUGCCCUGUCCACGAAAACCCCCCACAAAAACGCACCUUCCAUCUUGCUCCCUGCAGUUUUAAAUGGAAUUAGCCAGCACCUGCCCGGCCCCACGUCGCCCCCUGUGGCCCGUUCUGAGCGAGCGAGGUCAACAGGAGGCCACCGCUACUUCCAACGCCACCGCACAGCUCUCAAGCUACUGCCGCCGCAACCGCCGCCGGUCAAACCAAUCAAACCAAACCACGACUCACCAGCUCCGCACCUCGACCAAUCAGGCCUUUUUACUCUGAUCGUCAAGCCAGGGCAGAUUCUCCCAGGGAUUGGAUAAUGCUUGAACUUUCCCGCGCCCUUUGACCUCCCCUUUCACCCGACCUUUGACCCCACCUGUGUCCAGCCUGUAAGCUAUGUCCCUGUGGUGAAUACAGUGUGUUGUGUGUAAGUGUGAUGAUGGCCAGACUGUUAUAAACAUUCACGAUUCAGGAACGCUGGUUAUUAUCAACGUCGCUAUUGUGUUUUUUUUAUUUUGUUUUUGUUUUUUCCCGAGGUUGUACUUUUGUUGCCGUGGAGACGCGAGGUGGGCUGGCGUUUUUUAAUUUUUUUUGUUUUCUUUUUUCCCCAGCAUUCCCAGCGCGAGGCCUGUCACGAUAAAAACAAACUUCGAAGCGCGACGUGUUGCUGGAGUUGCGGUUGGUUGAGUAUUUGCCCGCUGAUCUGAAGGUCGCCGGUUCAAAUCCUGCGCCCAGCUCCCCGUAGAUGAGCGCUGUGACGAGACGCUUCACCCACGUCGCCCCCUAGUGUUUGCUUACGCUGGCGUUUGAAUGCGUGAGUCGUUUUUUUGAUGUAAAACGCUGUAUAAAAACGCGACUAUUUACCUUUUUAAACAUAAACAAUCAAAUGGAAUCAAAAUUUACGCCACUUUCCCGCAGAAAUUAACCGUUUACACCUUAAAUUCCAGCUUGGAACGAUAACCCGACGCAGUAUUUAUCAUGACAGGCCUAAACCGCGCUCCGAAAGCAAAACGCAAAUCGCAAAACGCACCAGAGUUUCUUUUCUAUCUGUUAAAGAUUCGAUCCAAACCGCACCUCCCUCCAUUUUAUAAUCACUGUGCUACAAUGCAAUCUUACAUAGACGUGAAUGACGAAACCAGUUACUUUUGUUUUCAGAGGAUGUGAAGCUAUGGGAAGGAUGUAGCCCUUAACACUGUACUUAGGUCACAGAUCACUAUAUGGCGUGUUAUGCUUUUGCUCAUAACUCCAUGUAAAAAUGAAGAAUUUGUUUUUUUUUCUUCCUGUAUUUUUUGUGUGUACAUUGACAUAUUAUUGUGUAUUUCUUUGGUUUGCCACAAAUGACCUUUUAUAUAAAAAUACCACAGUAUAUACAGUAUUAAAUUAAGCUGUUUUUUUUUUUUUUUUAACGAGAUCAAACUGGAUUUUUGGCGUUUUGUCAAAUUUCUAAACAAUACUUGCACAUAUAUAAGCUGACAGCCUGACUCUGGUUCAAAAUCCUACUACACUUUCUAGCUGUAACCGGUGUCUUAUCGUUAUUUUGUAAGGAGUUGAGUCGUGUGCAGGCUCCAACGCUCUGCACAUAUGCACACACAGGUGGAGUAACAUAGCACAGGCCCCACGCGGAAAUAGUCACUGACACUUAGAGCGACGUGUGCUGUAGCUGAGACACUAGUUCAGUUUGUCCGUAUAUUCAGACUUCCAGGUGCAUACUGUUCUGUUCGUUCAUAACAAGAGCCUAUUUUUGCAGCAGGUGCCUAUAACGAGUCCUUAUUUUCCAUCCGUCCACCGCUUUUUGGCCGUAGAGUUCCGACAUUGCACAGAAGUCCCAUCGACGUCAUGGGCCAACAGAACCUGACUCGGCGCUGGUGGAGCUGUACUUUGGGUUGAUGUCAUCGUAAGCUCGAGAAAAAAAAUAAUACAAUUUCAGGGAAAGAAAGAGUGCAAAUGAUAACCCUUGUUCAUUUAAAAAAAAAAAAAAAAAAAAAGAAUUCCCACUGUGCUUUGCUUCAUUCUGUACACAUCUGUAUGGCUCCUGGAUCGACAUUGUAUCUUGAUCAGGUAUUUUUGUACAAAUAAGGGACUGAUAUAUUAUCUGUAUUGGAACUUAGAAUAAAGGACAAAAUUGCUAUAAACCAAAA